UCUCGCCUCGGCCGCAGCCUCCGGGUGUCCCGCUACUACGCCGACGCUACUCGCGUGUUCUGAUGCCUUGAAACUUAAACGGACAGUGUUUAUAAACUAAGUAGUGAUAUCGCUCAACUUUACAAUGCUCGCGCUCCUUGUGGAGCUUCGCUAGAAUCGAUUUAACAAUGGAAACUGCUUACUACCUCACCCUCUUCUCGGCCGCGGCGCUGGCGUGGGGGCUCUGUUCAUGCUCGCUGCCACCCCCUUCCGCCGCCCGCCCUACCCACGUAAAACGAUGGCGGAUGGCCGGACUCGUGCAAUACAAUGAUCAAUUCAUUGUUUCGGACAAUGGUAGUCUCUUCAGUGCGAAGUCUAAAAAGAAAUUUAAGCUGUGUGUGUGUUAUCAAAGGACUACAUUGGCACACAACAAACAAUUCAAAAAACGUACCACUGACUUACACCACUUUAGUUUCAGUAGUUGGAACUAUAAGGAAAAUAUAUUAGAUUUUAGAACUUUACCGGACAAUGAGCUUAUUCAAUCGGAGAGAGACUCCAUAUGCAUGGAAUUGGAGUCAGACUUCGGGUGUGAUGCAUUAAGGAGUCAUCAGAAAUCGCAUCUGAAAUCUGGCAGAUUUGGUGUGCGGUGCUCGUUAGCGGCAGACACGGGGUGUAUUCGCGCUCACAAACGGAAACGGGCGAGACGCUCUUCAGGUAAACAAAUUAUACAAUAG